AUGGUGCCCAAGUUCUGUGCUGGCUUUCAGAUUGCCCCAACGUUUUCGUUUACUGUAGUUUCUUGUUUGGCACUCCCUCCCACCCCGUCAUCACUUCUCCUCCCCCACCAGCUGUUGCCUCACCCUCCCACCCACCACGUCAUCGCCUCUCCCUCCCACCCACCUUUCCAUCGCUACUCCCUCCCACCCCGCCAUCCUCUCUCGAUUCCAGCCCCCCUUCCCCUCUCCCUCCCACUAUGCCGAGGCCUCUCCCUCCCUCCCGCCGUCGCCUCUCCGUUCCUCCCGCCGUCGACUCUCCCUCCCUCCCGCCGUCGCCUCUCCCUCCUCCUCGCCGUCGCCCAUCCCUCCUCCCCGCCGUCGCCUCUCCCUCCUCCCUGCAGUCGCCCAUCCCUCCUCCCCGCCGUCGCCUCUCCCUCCUCCCCGCCGUCGCCUCUCCCUCCUCCCCGCCGUCGCCUCUCCCUCCUCCCCGCCGUCGCCCAUCCCUCCUCCCCGCCGUCGCCUCUCCCUCCUCCCCGCCGUCGCCUCUCCCUCCUCCCCGCCGUCGCCUCUCCCUCCUCCCCGCCGUCGCCUCUCCCUCCUCCCCGCCGUCGCCUCUCCCUCCGCAUCACGGUCGCCUUUCCCCCCCAUCCGCCGUCGCCGCUCCCUCCUCCCGCCGUCGCCGCUCCCUCCCAUCCCGCCGUCGCCUCUCCCUCGCAUCCCGCCGUCGCCUCUCCCUCCCAUCCCGCCGCCGACUCUGUCGACAGGGCGCUGGGGCCGUGGGCGCAAGCGCCGUGGUUGCUGGCGCCUAAGGCGCUUGCGCUUAUGGCGCAGACGCCUUGGCCGCUUGCGCCUAAGGCUCUUGCGCCAUGGGCGCUGGCGCCGUGGGCGCUUGCGCCGUUGGCGCGGGCUCCGUGGGUGCUAGCACCUAACGUGCUUGCGCUUAGGGCGCGAGCGCCGUGGGUGCUGCCCCAUGAGGCGCUGGCUCUGUGGGCGCUUGCGCCGGGGGCUCUGGCGCCUUGGGCGCGAGCGCCGUUUGUGCUGGCGCCUAAGGCGCUGGUGCAGUGGGCGCGGGCGCCGUGGGCGCUUGCACUUGCUGGCGGCUUGGGCACGGGCGACGUGAGGGCGAGACUUGGAUGUGCACGUGCACUUGCGGUGUGGCUGGUGAAGGCGCUGGUGCUGUACCGCAUGGGGCGGGAGGGGGAGGCGCUGGAGGUGUGCGCGGAGGUGCGGGAGGAGGGGCGCGCGGGGCAGCUCUCGGAGCGCACGCUCAUGGACCUCAUGGAUCUCCUGGCACGCAUGGGCAAAGCCCACGAGGCAGUAGAGGCGUUUGAGGCAGCAGCAGCGCAGCAGGCGGACAACAUGAAGCUGCAGGAGCUGCUGGUGGGGGCAGCACUGAAGAGCCGAGGCUACGUGAAGAUGCAGCAGGCCGCCAUGCGCAUGCACAAGAAGAGACCAAAAGAUGACAGAUACCUCCUCUGGGCCGUCUGUAGCAUGGACCUCCAGGCAUUCGAGAAGCAGAAUCACACAGUCUGCCACCUUCCGCCAUCAGUCUCCUCCUUCCACCUGCCAGCUCCAGCUGCCGCCACGUCAGCACCAGGUGCCACGUCAGCGCCGCCCACACCGGCGUCGGCAGCUGACGUGGCAAAGCAGCGGCGGCAGCUGCUCCAGCUGGCAGAGGCGAUGAUCCAGAGGAAGGCACAGAGCGAGGGAGGGCUGAAAUCGGCUGAAGCACUUCGUCUGUAUGUGGAUUUACUGAGGCGGCAGGGAAAGGGGGAGGAGGUGGUGAGAGUGCUGCAAGGGCCCAUGGCCGCCCUCUUUACAAUCAAAUCAGAUCUGCUGCAGAUCCGGGGCGAGGUGCAGCAGGACUUGGCGCGCUUCACUGAUGCUGCUGCCACGUUCAAGGAGCUGCUCGGCGUGAGUGAUGAUGACUGGGUGGCAUCCUUGUCCUAUCUGGAUUCACUCAUGCUAGCCCACCUGCAGUCAUCCCUCACCACUCCUCUCAACGAGGCUGGGCUGCUGCUGCGGAUGCUGCAGGGGGGAGGGGCUUGGGAGGAGGGGCGAGAGGGCGGAGGAGGGGGGGAUGGUGGUGGAGGGAGUGAGGGAGGGAUGGACGGGGGCGAGUGGGAGAGUGUGUGUGCAGUGGGGGCGGCAGCAACGGCCCUGGAUGUGGCGUGCAGGGCGCCGGGGAGCAAGCGCAUUCAGGAGGAGGUGAGGGGGGCUGGGGCUUUUGCCAUGGGGCGACUGGCAUUCUCUCCUCUUUUUUCCAACGCCCCACUCUCCUCGCCCCACCUUCUGCUCGCCUCCAAGUUCCACCUCCCUUCUGCCCUGCUCUUCCCUCCCGAUCCUCCUGUUCUCCACCUCCCUUCUGCCCUGCUCUUCCCUCCCGAUCCUCCUGUUCUCCACCUCCCUUCUGCCCUGCUCUUCCCUCCCGAUCCUCCUGUUCUCCACCUCCCUUCUGCCCCGCUCUUCCCUCCCGAUCCUCCUGUUCUCCACCUCCCUUCUGCCCUGCUCUUCCCUCCCGAUCCUCCUGUUCUCCACCUCCCUUCUGCCCUGCUCUUCCCUCCCGAUCCUCCUGUUCUCCACCUCCCUUCUGCCCUGCUCUUCCCUCCCGAUCCUCCUGUUCUCCACCUCCCUUCUGCCCUGCUCUUCCCUCCCGAUCCUCCUGUUCUCCACCUCCCUUCUGCCCUGCUCUUCCCUCCCGAUCCUCCUGUUCUCCACCUCCCUUCUGCCCUGCUCUUCCCUCCCGAUCCUCCUGUUCUCCACCUCCCUUCUGCCCUGCUCUUCCCUCCCGAUCCUCCUGUUCUCCACCUCCCUUCUGCCCUGCUCUUCCCUCCCGAUCCUCCUGUUCUCCACCUCCCUUCUGCCCUGCUCUUCCCUCCCGAUCCUCCUGUUCUCCACCUCCCUUCUGCCCUGCUCUUCCCUCCCGAUCCUCCUGUUCUCCACCUCCCUUCUGCCCUGCUCUUCCCUCCCGAUCCUCCUGUUCUCCACCUCCCUUCUGCCCUGCUCUUCCCUCCCGAUCCUCCUGUUCUCCACCUCCCUUCUGCCCUGCUCUUCCCUCCCGAUCCUCCUGUUCUCCACCUCCCUUCUGCCCUGCUCUUCCCUCCCGAUCCUCCUGUUCUCCACCUCCCUUCUGCCCUGCUCUUCCCUCCCGAUCCUCCUGUUCUCCACCUCCCUUCUGCCCUGCUCUUCCCUCCCGAUCCUCCUGUUAUCCACCUCCCUUCUGCCCUGCUCUUCCCUCCCGAUCCUCCUGUUCUCCACCUCCCUUCUGCCCUGCUCUUCCCUCCCGAUCCUCCUGUUCUCCACCUCCCUUCUGCCCUGCUCUUCCCUCCCGAUCCUCCUGUUCUCCACCUCCCUUCUGCCCUGCUCUUCCCUCCCGAUCCUCCUGUUCUCCACCUCCCUUCUGCCCUGCUCUUCCCUCCCGAUCCUCCUGUUCUCCACCUCCCUUCUGCCCUGCUCUUCCCUCCCGAUCCUCCUGUUCUCCACCUCCCUUCUGCCCUGCUCUUCCCUCCCGAUCCUCCUGUUCUCCACCUCCCUUCUGCCCUGCUCUUCCCUCCCGAUCCUCCUGUUCUCCACCUCCCUUCUGCCCUGCUCUUCCCUCCCGAUCCUCCUGUUCUCCACCUCCCUUCUGCCCUGCUCUUCCCUCCCGAUCCUCCUGUUCUCCACCUCCCUUCUGCCCUGCUCUUCCCUCCCGAUCCUCCUGUUCUCCACCUCCCUUCUGCCCUGCUCUUCCCUCCCGAUCCUCCUGUUCUCCACCUCCCUUCUGCCCUGCUCUUCCCUCCCGAUCCUCCUGUUCUCCACCUCCCUUCUGCCCUGCUCUUCCCUCCCGAUCCUCCUGUUCUCCACCUCCCUUCUGCCCUGCUCUUCCCUCCCGAUCCUCCUGUUCUCCACCUCCCUUCUGCCCUGCUCUUCCCUCCCGAUCCUCCUGUUCUCCACCUCCCUUCUGCCCUGCUCUUCCCUCCCGAUCCUCCUGUUCUCCACCUCCCUUCUGCCCUGCUCUUCCCUCCCGAUCCUCCUGUUCUCCACCUCCCUUCUGCCCUGCUCUUCCCUCCCGAUCCUCCUGUUCUCCACCUCCCUUCUGCCCUGCUCUUCCCUCCCGAUCCUCCUGUUCUCCACCUCCCUUCUGCCCUGCUCUUCCCUCCCGAUCCUCCUGUUCUCCACCUCCCUUCUGCCCUGCUCUUCCCUCCCGAUCCUCCUGUUCUCCACCUCCCUUCUGCCCUGCUCUUCCCUCCCGAUCCUCCUGUUCUCCACCUCCCUUCUGCCCUGCUCUUCCCUCCCGAUCCUCCUGUUCUCCACCUCCCUUCUGCCCUGCUCUUCCCUCCCGAUCCUCCUGUUCUCCACCUCCCUUCUGCCCUGCUCUUCCCUCCCGAUCCUCCUGUUCUCCACCUCCCUUCUGCCCUGCUCUUCCCUCCCGAUCCUCCUGUUCUCCACCUCCCUUCUGCCCUGCUCUUCCCUCCCGAUCCUCCUGUUCUCCACCUCCCUUCUGCCCUGCUCUUCCCUCCCGAUCCUCCUGUUCUCCACCUCCCUUCUGCCCUGCUCUUCCCUCCCGAUCCUCCUGUUCUCCACCUCCCUUCUGCCCUGCUCUUCCCUCCCGAUCCUCCUGUUCUCCACCUCCCUUCUGCCCUGCUCUUCCCUCCCGAUCCUCCUGUUCUCCACCUCCCUUCUGCCCUGCUCUUCCCUCCCGAUCCUCCUGUUCUCCACCUCCCUUCUGCCCUGCUCUUCCCUCCCGAUCCUCCUGUUCUCCACCUCCCUUCUGCCCUGCUCUUCCCUCCCGAUCCUCCUGUUCUCCACCUCCCUUCUGCCCUGCUCUUCCCUCCCGAUCCUCCUGUUCUCCACCUCCCUUCUGCCCUGCUCUUCCCUCCCGAUCCUCCUGUUCUCCACCUCCCUUCUGCCCUGCUCUUCCCUCCCGAUCCUCCUGUUCUCCACCUCCCUUCUGCCCUGCUCUUCCCUCCCGAUCCUCCUGUUCUCCACCUCCCUUCUGCCCUGCUCUUCCCUCCCGAUCCUCCUGUUCUCCACCUCCCUUCUGCCCUGCUCUUCCCUCCCGAUCCUCCUGUUCUCCACCUCCCUUCUGCCCUGCUCUUCCCUCCCGAUCCUCCUGUUCUCCACCUCCCUUCUGCCCUGCUCUUCCCUCCCGAUCCUCCUGUUCUCCACCUCCCUUCUGCCCUGCUCUUCCCUCCCGAUCCUCCUGUUCUCCACCUCCCUUCUGCCCUGCUCUUCCCUCCCGAUCCUCCUGUUCUCCACCUCCCUUCUGCCCUGCUCUUCCCUCCCGAUCCUCCUGUUCUCCACCUCCCUUCUGCCCUGCUCUUCCCUCCCGAUCCUCCUGUUCUCCACCUCCCUUCUGCCCUGCUCUUCCCUCCCGAUCCUCCUGUUCUCCACCUCCCUUCUGCCCUGCUCUUCCCUCCCGAUCCUCCUGUUCUCCACCUCCCUUCUGCCCUGCUCUUCCCUCCCGAUCCUCCUGUUCUCCACCUCCCUUCUGCCCUGCUCUUCCCUCCCGAUCCUCCUGUUCUCCACCUCCCUUCUGCCCUGCUCUUCCCUCCCGAUCCUCCUGUUCUCCACCUCCCUUCUGCCCUGCUCUUCCCUCCCGAUCCUCCUGUUCUCCACCUCCCUUCUGCCCUGCUCUUCCCUCCCGAUCCUCCUGUUCUCCACCUCCCUUCUGCCCUGCUCUUCCCUCCCGAUCCUCCUGUUCUCCACCUCCCUUCUGCCCUGCUCUUCCCUCCCGAUCCUCCUGUUCUCCACCUCCCUUCUGCCCUGCUCUUCCCUCCCGAUCCUCCUGUUCUCCACCUCCCUUCUGCCCUGCUCUUCCCUCCCGAUCCUCCUGUUCUCCACCUCCCUUCUGCCCUGCUCUUCCCUCCCGAUCCUCCUGUUCUCCACCUCCCUUCUGCCCUGCUCUUCCCUCCCGAUCCUCCUGUUCUCCACCUCCCUUCUGCCCUGCUCUUCCCUCCCGAUCCUCCUGUUCUCCACCUCCCUUCUGCCCUGCUCUUCCCUCCCGAUCCUCCUGUUCUCCACCUCCCUUCUGCCCUGCUCUUCCCUCCCGAUCCUCCUGUUCUCCACCUCCCUUCUGCCCUGCUCUUCCCUCCCGAUCCUCCUGUUCUCCACCUCCCUUCUGCCCUGCUCUUCCCUCCCGAUCCUCCUGUUCUCCACCUCCCUUCUGCCCUGCUCUUCCCUCCCGAUCCUCCUGUUCUCCACCUCCCUUCUGCCCUGCUCUUCCCUCCCGAUCCUCCUGUUCUCCACCUCCCUUCUGCCCUGCUCUUCCCUCCCGAUCCUCCUGUUCUCCACCUCCCUUCUGCCCUGCUCUUCCCUCCCGAUCCUCCUGUUCUCCACCUCCCUUCUGCCCUGCUCUUCCCUCCCGAUCCUCCUGUUCUCCACCUCCCUUCUGCCCUGCUCUUCCCUCCCGAUCCUCCUGUUCUCCACCUCCCUUCUGCCCUGCUCUUCCCUCCCGAUCCUCCUGUUCUCCACCUCCCUUCUGCCCUGCUCUUCCCUCCCGAUCCUCCUGUUCUCCACCUCCCUUCUGCCCUGCUCUUCCCUCCCGAUCCUCCUGUUCUCCACCUCCCUUCUGCCCUGCUCUUCCCUCCCGAUCCUCCUGUUCUCCACCUCCCUUCUGCCCUGCUCUUCCCUCCCGAUCCUCCUGUUCUCCACCUCCCUUCUGCCCUGCUCUUCCCUCCCGAUCCUCCUGUUCUCCACCUCCCUUCUGCCCUGCUCUUCCCUCCCGAUCCUCCUGUUCUCCACCUCCCUUCUGCCCUGCUCUUCCCUCCCGAUCCUCCUGUUCUCCACCUCCCUUCUGCCCUGCUCUUCCCUCCCGAUCCUCCUGUUCUCCACCUCCCUUCUGCCCUGCUCUUCCCUCCCGAUCCUCCUGUUCUCCACCUCGCUGUCCUUCGCUGCACCAACCCUCCAACCUGCUCUCCAACCCUCCGAGUGGCGCAGCACUCGGGGGAAGCCUGCCUCUCAACUUUCCUCCCGCCCUCUCCCCACCACCCUAACACUCUCAUUGGCCUCAGGGACAGCCUCCUGGCACAGCACUCAUCACACCAGUGCCUCUCGGGCAGCGGGCAGCCGGAAAUGAAAAAGGUGGAGGAGGGCUGCGAGCAGGACGGGGCCGAAGAGGCAGAGGCAGGGGGAGAGGAUCUGAGUUGUGCAAGCAACGCAGCAGCAGAGGGAGAGGCAGCAGCGGGUGGGGAUGCAGAUGUGGUGGUGAAAGCGGCAGCAAGCAGCAAGGGUGGGGAUGCAGAUGUGGUGGUGAAAGCGGCAGCAAGCAGCAAGGGUGGGGAUGCAGAUGUGGUGGUGAAAGCGGCAGCAAGCAGCAAGGGUGCGCGCGUGGCGAGGGGACCGUUUCUGAUGCGCCUGGAGGUGCUGCUCAGACGCAUGUGCCUGCUGCAGUGGUUUGGGUGCGGCCCGGGGGAGGUGCUAUCUGCUGCUGCCGACCUGGAAAGCGCCCUGCUGGGCUACUUUGACAGGCACGGUGACAUGAUCAGCUUUGCCUCGGACGUCCACGCCUACGCCCUGGCUCUGCCCAAGGACGUGGAUGGGGCCAUGGGUAACUGGUGCACCGUGGACUACCAUGCCCUCAUCUCUCGUGCACAGCACUGCGUCCGCCUCUUCCUGGAAGCUUCCCUGCUCUCUGCCGCUCUGGACCCCCGCGAGAAGGGGCAUGCGGACGAGCUGCUGCCCGUUGCUGCCUCGUGCCUCGUGGAGGUAUACCGCCGGCGCCAGCCUGAGGGCGUGGGAUACCUGAUAGAGGCGAUAUUGGUGCUCACCUAUGGCGCCUCCCUCCGCCCCUUCAGCCCACUGUUCAACACCAUGCUUGUGAGCCUCUAUGGCCUGCUGGGGUGCCCUUCCCUCGCCCUCGCCAGCUUCCAGCGUUUGAACGCGAAGCACAUUCAGCUGGACACGCUCACUCACCUCGUGCUGCCGUACCUGCACCAAUCGGCAUCGCUUGCUGACAUCAGCGGGCUGCACGCUGACAUGUGCGCCUUUUUCAACGACCACGUGUGGCGGGACAACGCUGACGUCAGCAUGGAGGCUCUCAGGCGCGGCACGUUCUCAAAGAUACGUGAGUUCGCAGCAUUCCACCAUCGCCUGCAACACUCCCACCAGCGCCUCCUCCUCUCGCCCAACUCCCUCCUCCUCUCCCUCCCCCUCGCCCUCCUCCCGCCCUCCUCCACCCACCCCUCGGCCCUCACCUCAUCUCUCCAACCCACUCAAUCCGCUUCGGCAGCUCCGAACCAAGCUGCUGUGUCCGAGCCUGUGGCACAGGUCCGGGAGGUGCUGCGGGCAGCAGGGGGCGGGCGGGAGGAGGUUCGGCAGGUGGUUGGGGAGCAGCUGGCUCUGGUCCGAUUGAAUGAGGACUGGGGUGUAUUUCCCUUCACCGGUUUGCUUGGGGCGUGCUCAUAA